ACCGGCCGGCCAGAGCCAACUUGGGAUAGACUCGGGUCCACGCCCUAAGGGGUUAAUCCUUUUCUCAUGUUACCGAGCGGCUUAUAAGGAGGGGGAGGCCAAGCCUCCGCCUUAUUGGGAGCCUUUUGGGGUUUAUUCUCUUCCCUUCUAACUUGGUUAAGAAUGACCCAGAUGAAAUCAAAGCUUUGUUCCAGAGCCAAUGUGUACACUCAAGUGCCUGACGGAGGAUGGGGCUGGGCGGUAGCUGUUUCUUUUUUCUUCGUGGAAGUCUUUUCCUAUGGUAUCAUCAAGACCUUCGGCGUCUUCUUUAAUGACUUGAUGAACAGUUUUGAUGAAUCCAACAGCACGAUCUCAUGGAUAGUGUCAAUAUGUGUCUUCGUCUUAACGUUUACAGCUCCCCUGUCCACCAUUCUGAGCAACCGCUUUGGACACCGGCUGGUGGUGAUGGCAGGAGGGCUGCUGGUCAGCACCGGGAUGGUGGCCGCCUCCUUCUCCCAGAAGGUUUACCACAUGUACAUCACCAUCGGGCUCAUCUCGGGUCUGGGCUACUGCUUUAGCUUUCUGCCCACCGUCACCAUUCUGUCACAAUACUUUGACAAAAGACGCUCAGUAGUCACCGCUGUCGCUUCUACGGGAGAAUGUUUCGCCGUGUUUGCUUUUGCACCAGCCAUCACGGCUCUCAAGGAGCACAUCGGCUGGAGACACAGCCUCCUGUUCGUGGGCCUCCUGCAGCUGAACAUCGUCGUCUGCGGGGCACUGCUGAGACCCAUCAUUAUCAGAGGGCCAGUGUCACCGAAAACAGUCACCCACGAAAGCCGGAAAGAAGUGCAAUAUAUGCUUGAAAAUGAGAAAACCAGAACCUCAAUAGACUCCAUUGACUCAGGAGUAGAACUAACUACCUCACCCAAAAAUGUGCCUAGUCACACGAACCCAGAACUGGAACCCAGGACUGACCUGCAGCAGACCCUGGUGAAGGCUGGCUCCAAGCCAGGGGACCAGAAAGCCCCGCUGUUAGACUUCUCGAUUUUGAAAGAGAAGAGUUUUAUCUGUUACGCGUUAUUCGGUCUCUUUGCCACCCUGGGGUUCUUUGCCCCUUCCCUGUACAUCAUUCCUUUGGGCAUCAGCCUGGGCAUUGACCCAGAUCGUGCGGCGUUUUUAUUAUCGACAAUGGCGAUUGCUGAAGUUUUUGGUCGGAUCGGAGCCGGGUUUGCCCUCAACCGAGAGCCCAUCCGAAAGAUCUACAUUGAGCUCAUCUGCGUCAUCCUGCUGACCAUGUCCCUGUUCGCCUUCACCUUUGCUACUGAAUUCUGGGGCCUCAUGUCCUGUAGCAUAUUUUUUGGGUUCAUGGUUGGAACUAUAGGGGGGACCCACAUUCCAAUGCUCGCCGAAGAUGACGUGGUGGGGAUUGAGAAGAUCUCUUCUGCCGCUGGAGUCUAUGUCUUCAUCCAGAGCAUCGCAGGGCUGGCAGGCCCACCCCUAGCAGGUCUGCUGGUGGACCAGAGCAGGAUCUACAGCAGGGCCUUCUACUCCUGUGCAGCAGGCAUGUCCAUAGCUGCAGUGUGCCUCGCCCUGGUGAGACCAUGCAAAAGGGGACUGUGCCAGCCUGGGCACUCAGAAGAAGCGCAGGCUGAGCCCCAACGGGGGAAGGCGUUACAAGACAUACCCGAAGACUUUCUGGAAAUGGAUCUUGGGAAAAACGAGCAAAGAACUCAAGUGAAAGUAGAGCCAGUGUAACAGGUUUUCCUGUAACAGCAGCGGCCAUGUUGGCUGGGAAGGGGGUGCUGCAAGGACCACAGGGAGGUAGGGGAGCUGACACCCCUUCAGACCUGCAUUUUAAAGGGAAUGUGUAUGCAAACAGCACUACCAACAUUUUUUUCUUUUUGCCCUAAAUUUUCCUUUUUGCUUAUUUUUUUAAGCCAAAACAAAAAUAACCAAACUCUCUUCUGUGUAUAAAUCUGGCUGUAUUCAGUAGCAAUACAAACUCAUAGAAGAACUCUGGUUCUGAUCCAGUAUUAAAAGAGUGACAAUGAAUUGGCCGAGUGGUUGGAAGAGCAUUCACAUGUGAUAAACCACUAUCUUCUAAAAUGACUUCUAGCCCAGGUCAUUGAAAUGAAAUUGCCUAUCCCCGCCCAGAAAAAAAAAAAUCUUGAAUCAUUUAAAAGAUUUCUGAUUUUUCAGAAAGACAAGUAAAUUGUUUUUAAAAAGAAGCUGAAAAAUACUGAGGUGUCCAUUAACAAAUUAUGGCCUCUGGCUUUCCAAAUACUGCACAGAAAUGAAAUAUAGUUUAAGACCAAACAUCUGAUCAAUAAGCAGAAAAUUUUAAAUAUAUAACUUGAAUGUCAUAAAUGUGAAGAAGACCACUUCUUUUUAUGGCCAGUCAUCACCAAAAGUAUUUCAAUACAGAAGAUAUGGAAUUGCAUUCAAAAAUGUAUUUCCUGUUGCUUUUAAUUAUUCAGAAAUAUGUGAUUAUAAUGUCUUUAAUUUAAACCACUAUUUAUUAUUAAGUUAUUCUAGGAUGAUUAAUCAAAAGAAAUAAAACAUAAUCCGAGACAUCAACGGCAUUUUUACCUCCUUCCCGCAAUCCUUUAAAUGCCUCAAUAAGUACUUCUUGUCUUAUAAAGUUACUCUCAUACAAGGCCAAAUUGCAAUGAUCCUUCAAUUUGAUUAAAGGUAGCGUGUGCUAUGUAAAGGGGGAAAAUAAUGGAGAGCAAAUCGCCUUAGCUUUUAAAAGAUGAUUUCUUUGAUCACCUAAGAAUACUUGAGGAUCUUCUUUGAUCAAAAUUAUAGUUCACUGAAUCGUUGAAGCAUUUCUGAUUUUGUCAAACCUUUACUGUUGAAGAAUUUCUGUAUUUCAUUGGGGAGUAGCAGAGACAUUUAUGUUACCAUCACAAGUUACAAGGUAGAACUCUCGUCUGACCUAGAACUCGAUUGUGGCCAUUAUUGUUUUGGAGUCACACUACAUGUAUAGUCUUUCUCAUUUUAGCAGUUUUCAUCAAGAAGAUAAGAGGUGGCCUGUUUCCUCACCUGUUUUACUGAACCUCACCCUCCAGGUGGUGAUCAGUGCUUGCUGCUCCAUCUUUAUUCAUCUUACUGUUAAUUUAUGACAACUCAGGGGGAAAAAAAUAUAACAAGCCUAGUUUGGUUCCAGGUACACACAAGCUUGAAUAUUUCUGUGCACUGAGAUGAAAGUGACAUAGUUCAUCACCACCGACUACAUUUUGUACAGCAUUUUAUCAGCCAUAGAAAUAGGACAAUCGGUAAAACUUUGGGGAGGGCAAGGGAGGAAAUGACAAAGCGUCUGUCCAAAACAGACACACCUAAAACAAGGUGGAUGUAGCACACGUCUGCCACGGCUCGGGAACACUCUGAGCCCGGGGCAGGUUUGUAGACCUACAUGACUUCAGCACUUUACAACAUAUUUUGUACUAUGAAUGUUCAACACAAUUUAAUAUUUAUAACUGAUUUUUGAGGGAUCUGCUCUGUGUCCAUUCUGUUAACUGCAUGAGAAAAAAAAAUAUGUAUGCCAAUUUCAGUAUGUCAAUUAUCAAGAUUUUAAAUGUUUGGAAGAAAAUAAAAAGAUUGCUGAUUUGUUCUGUAUUAGUGACAUUCUGGUACUUCUAGAUUUGCAAUAAAUUUAUGGCUUUUUAUUUAAA